AUACUUCAGUACCCGGAAGUGGAUGGUGCUCAACACGUUUCAAUUGUAAUGGAUGGCCAGCUGACGUAAACUUGUAUCUGAUAUCAAUAAUGUUCCGAUUCUACAUAACAGCAAAACCAUAACGUUGAAUUUGAUAUAUAUAUGUUACAGUAUUUAUAAAAGAGCAAAAAUACAGUCAUGGAAGAUGUAACGAUAGAGACAGCCGAGGAGAUCUUAGCCAAGCAACAUCGCAAGGAGAAGAAGGACCUGCAAGCUCAAAUCCAGAGCAUGAAAAAUGCUGUCCCCAAAAAUGACAAGAAGAGGCGUAAACAGCUGACUGAGGACAUCGUGAAGCUGGAGGCUGAGCUGAAUCAGAAACACAACGAGGAGCUCCAACAACUGGACUCAUCAGGAGAGAAGACGGUACUUCAUCUGGUGGACGAGGUUGUGAAUGGAGUAGAGUCCCUGGCUUUGGAAGGAGAGGAGGAGCAGAAAGCUGCCAAACAAGGGGCAGGUCCGUCCAAGGCUCAGAAGAGACGGGACAAGAAGGCAGCCGCGGAGAAGGAGAGAGAGCGUCGUAUAGAGGAGGCUGAGGUGGAGAACCUGUCUGGGCUGCGACACCAGGAGGGACUGAAGUUGUCCCAGAAACUGGUGGAGCGCCAGCUGCAGAUCAGGGAGAUUUCCUCAGAUGGUCACUGUAUGUACCGCGCUGUGGAGGACCAGUUGGGGCAGCAUGGCUUAGGUCUGACCCUGAAGGACCUCCGGGCCCAAACCGCUCAGCACAUGAGGAGCCACACAGACGACUUCCUUCCCUUCCUGACCAACACCAACACAGGGGACAUGUACACGCCUGAUGAGUUUGACCAGUAUUGCAGUGACGUGGCAGACACGGCCGCCUGGGGUGGACAACUGGAGCUGAGAGCUCUGACGCAGGUCCUUCAACGGCCAAUAGAAGUGCUCCAAGCGGAUUCCCCAGCUAUAAUGAUUGGAGAGGAGUUUGACAAGUCACCCAUCACCCUUAUUUACAUGCGUCAUGCAUACGGACUGGGAGAACACUACAACUCAGUGGAAGGUAUGAAAGACCCGGCUACUCAAGAGGAGACCUGAGACUCUCAUUCAGUUCCGUUAUAAAGAAUGAUAAAGUAUAAACUAUACUGAACAAAAAUAUAAACACAACAUGUAAAGUGUUGGUUCCAUGUUUCAUGAGCUGAAAUAAAAGAUCCCAGAAAUGUUCUAUACGCACAAAAAGCUUAUUUCUCUCAAAUGUUGUGCACAAAUUUGUUUACAUCCCUGUUAGUGAGCAUUUCUCCUUUGCCAAGAUAAUCCAUCCACCUGACAGCUGUGGCAUAUCAAAAAAAAAAAGCUGCUUAUACAGCAUUGCCAGUACACAGGUGCACCUUGUGCUGGGGACAAUAAAAGGCCACUCUAAAACGUGCAGUUUUGUCACACAACACAAUGCCACAGAUGUCUCAAGUUUUGAGGGAGUGUGCAGUUGGCAUGGUGACUGCAGGAAUGUCCACCGGAGCCGUUGCCAGAGAAGGGAAUGUUAACUUCUCUACCAUAAGCCGCCUCCAUUUUAGAGAAUUUGGAAGUACGUCCAACCGGCCUCGCAACCUUCAAACCACGUGCAUGGCGUUUUGUGGUCGAGCAGUUUGCUGACGUCAACGUUGUGGAUAGAGUGCCCCCUGGUGGUGGUGGGGUUAUGGUAUGGUGUUUACUGAUGUCAACGUUGUGAACAGAGUGCCCCCUGGUGGUGGUGGGGUUAUGGUAUGGUGUUUGCUGAUGUCAACGUUGUGAACAGAGUGCCCCAUGGUGGUGGUGGGGUUAUGGUGACUGUGGGGUUAUGGUGGUGGGGUUAGGCUAAUGGGUAGGCAUAAGCUACGGACAACUAACACAAUUUCAUUUUAUGGAUAGCAAUUUGAAUGCACAGAGAUACCGGGACGAGAUCCUGAGGCCCAUUUAUUGUUUUUAAGGUAUCUGUUACCAACAGAUGCAUAUCUGUAUUCCCAGUCAUGUUAAUUCCAUAGAUUAGGGCCUCAUGAAUUCAUUUCAAUUGACCUAUUUCCCCAUCGCCGUAAAAUCAAGGACAUUGUUGCAUGUUGCGUUUUUAUAUUUUUGUUCGGUUUAUAUGGUGUUAUCAGAUUUACAGGUUUACUGUCUAAAUGAAGGGUUUGCCAUCCAUGGAAUUUGAUGGGAGAGGAGUGAGAGAGGCAAUAAUUCCACCUAACUCUGUGGCGACUGAGAGAGUAGUUUGCCAUCACAGUGAGCUGAGGACGAAUUGGAAGUAGCUUUUCCUUCAUCAGAUCUUGUGAAUACUCCUGAAAUCACCAUGGAAAUGUUAUGUAUUAAAUAUCGCUUUUUUGGUGGUGUGAUGUGCUGUUAUUUCCUGUGACUGCAAUAUCAAAGGCUGAUUGUCUUGUGUGUUGUGAAUGCUGAUGGACAAUACAAUUAUCAAAAUGGUUUUCAAUUUAGUUUGAUUUCCACUGGAAAGACAUAAAUGUAAUAAAAUAAUAAACCAGAA